AUGUCAAAUUCAUAAGGUGUGAGCUUAUUAGAAAAUUUAAGAAAAGUUAUCACAUUAGUGGAUCAAUUAAGAGAUAUUGGUUUAAAUGAUUAUAUCAAAUUACCAAGAAUUGUUGUUUUAGGUAUUCAAUCUGCAGGAAAGUCUUCUUUACUAGAGCAUAUAGUUGGAAUAGAUUUUCUCCCAAGAGGAUCUGUAAUUUCUUGUGUUAUUGAAUUUAGGGUGUUGUGACAAGAAGACCAUUAGAAUUGCGUUUAUCUAAUGCUCCAGCAAGUAUAUGUCCUACACCAACUGCAGAGUUUGUUGAAGAAAUUAAAGGCAAAAAGUUCACAAAUUUUGAAGAAGUUCGAAAAUAAAUAAAUGAGUUGACUGAUAAGGUAUGUGGAUAGGCUAAAAACAUUAUUGACAAGCCUAUAAUAUUAGCAGUCUAAGGACCUAAUUGUCCUGAUUUAACUUUAGUAGGUAUCGAAAAAUCUUAAAUUUUUAAAUUAGAUCUUCCAGGAAUUACUCGUAUACCAAUAGCAGGUUAGCCAUCAAAUAUUGAAGAAAUAACAACCAAUAUGGCUAAAAGAUAUUGUGAAGAUAAAUCAGCAAUUAUAUUAUGUGUUGUUGCUGCAAAUGCUGAUAUGACUACAUCUGAUGCAUUGUUGUUAGCUAAAAAAUUAGAUCCCGAUGGUACUAUUUAUACUUAAUUUUCAAAGGUGUUCGAACAAUAGGAGUCUUGACUAAAAUUGAUAUUAUGGAUUAAGGAACAAAUGCAUUCAAAAUGCUUAAAGGAGAAGAAGUACCAUUAAAAUAUGGUUAUGUUGGUGUCAAAUUAAGAUCUUAAUAAGAAAUUAAUGAUAAUAUUCCAAUUAUUUAAGCAGUACUUAGAGAAAAAAACUUUUUUGCAAAUCAUCCUGUGUAUUCAACUAUUCCAGGAGAAAUCUUUGGAACUUAAGUUCUAACUAGAAAAUUAACUACAAUUCUUUAUAGAAGGAUUAGAAGUUUUCUUCCAGAAUUAAUGAAAGAGAUAAAUAAUAGAGUUGCUAAAAUUUAAGUACGAUUAGAUGUCUUAGGCCCAGGUUUGCCAAUUGAAGACUCAGUAUAUCUAAAUAAAAUUAUUUUAGGAUAAAAUGCAUUAUAUAUGGAAAUUAAUUCAUGAAUUCUCUGUUAGAUUUAGAAAUUCAAUUACAGGAUCUUAUCAAAAGAUUAAAUCAGCAAAGAAAAAUGAUUUUUUCCAAGUUCCAGCUGGAGCCAAAAUAAAAUUAUUAUUCUAAGAAUUAUAUGAUGAGUUUAAUGACCUUGAAUACCAAGCUUUAAAGAAAUAUUCUGAAGAUGAUAUUACACAAGUUAUUUAAAAAUAUUCAGCAUUAACUAUUCCUGGAUUUCUUCCUGUUGAUGCAUUUUAUGCAUUAUUAAAUCCAGAAUUAAAAAGAUUGUAAUAACCAGCUUUUAAUAUUAUUGAUGAAGCUUAUUCAAUUCUUGAAGAAUAUGCAAUAGCAAUCUUGGAUGAUUAAUUACAAACGUAAUCUACAUUUUUUUAUUUAGAAUUCCAUCUGUUCUUAAAAUGUUAGAGGAAUAAGUUCUUGAAAUUAUUUAAGAAUGUAAAUAGCAUGCUUAAAAUUCUGUAUAGGAUAUAUUGGAAGCUGAAAUGAAUUAUGUUUUCACUAAUGAUUUCAAUUAUUUGGCUGGUAAAUAGUUUAUUAGAUUUGGUAAACCUGCCAAAGAGGCCUAACCUGUUAAAGGAUAGUAUAUGGUUGCUGAAUUGAAAAAUAAAAUUGAACAUUAUUUUAAAUUAGUUGUUAGGUCAACAAGAGAUAACAUUCCUAAAUUAGUUGGUUAUUUCUUAGUGAAAGGGUGUUAAGUAAUCAUCAAUAAUUUAUUAUUAGACUAAAAUGCUUAUGUAAUUACAAUAAAAUUUAAUGUAAAACCAAUAUUUGCUCCAAGCGAUAAGUGAAGAUUAGAAUAUAGUAGAGGAGAGAAAAAAAUUAAAUAAGGAAAUAGAGACUUUUAGAAAUGCCUAAAAAAUCAUUAAAAGAGACCCUGAGUAUCUUAUAAAAAUAAUUUUAGUCUUUCGGAAUAUAUAUUAUAAGCUUAAGAAGAUCAAGCUGCUGAAUAAUAAUAAUUAUAACAAUAACAACAACUCUAAUAAACUAAACCUUAAUAAUAAUAAUAAUAGUAAUAAAAAUAAUAAGAUCCAAAAGCUUAAGUAAAUACAUAAAACAAAGCUCCAGCUACUCAAACAUCUAAUGAUACCUCGAAAAAUUUAAUGACUGAUGCACAAUUAUAAAAAUAACAAUAAUAAUAAUAAUAAUAAUAAUAAUAAUAAUAAUAAUAAUAAUAAUAAUAAUAAUAAUAAUAAUAAUAAUAAUAAUAAUAAUAAUAAUAAAAUCAAUAAUAGACUUAAUAACAAAAACAACAAUAAAACUUAUUUGGAAAUGUUUAAAAACCUCCCUAACAAUAAGUCCCAUAAUAAAAUGCUAAUCCUUUAUAAGGAAACAAACCCUCUUCCUCUUAAACAUUAACUCAAUAAUACAAUUAAUAAGUUGAUAAAUCUGUUGCAUAAUUUUAUGAAGAUGAAAGAGUAAAAGAAUAAAUGAAAAAUGCUGGAGGAUAAGCAGCCAAAGCAGCUUUAAAAAGCUAGAUUCCAGGUGCUCCAGAUUGGGCUUUGAAUACUGCAGAAAAAGUAGGAUAAUAAGCUGCUACAAGUGAUGCUGCAAAAUAGGCUGCGAUUGUAUAAAUUUUACUUAUUUUAGAAUGCCACUUCAAAUUAAUUAAAAGUUGAUGAUUAGCCAUAAUAAUCAAAUUAAUAAUAAGCUGCAUAACCAAAAAAAGGAGGAUUAUUUGGAUUUAUAAAUAAGUCAUGA